GCCGAGAGUGAGCGGACAUGGUGAGAGCUUCAAUGGCCAGUAAAGGACCUGCAGCCGGACUGAAACUCAGCAAAACUAUGAUGUUUCCCCAUCUCUGGGCUCCACUGCUCCACCUGCUGCUCCUCUGCAUCUCUGCAGCACACGCUGCUAAAUGUCCACAGCAGUGUGUGUGUGACCAGAUCCAGCUCACCGUCGCCUGCGUCAACAAGAACCUCACCCAAGUUCCUCCUACUCUAGAUGAGAUCACAGUGAAGUUAGAUCUUAGAGGAAAUGACAUCCAGGAACUUCCCAGUGGGGCUUUCAAACACACGCCCUACCUGACUCACCUGUCACUGCAGCGCUCCAACAUCCGCAGGGUGAAGGAGGGUGCUUUUCGUGGCCUUGGUCGCUUGGUCUUCCUUAAUCUGGCCAACAACAACAUUGAAAUCCUCUACCAGGAGUCAUUUGAUGGUCUGUCCUCACUGAAGCAGCUCUUGAUUGACCGUAACCGUGUGGAAGAGAUUCAACCUGGAGCUUUCUCUCAGCUGGGCCUCCUCAACCUGCUCUCCAUUACGCACAAUCAACUCGUCUACAUCCCCAAUAUGGCCUUCCAGGGUUUGCAGAACAUCAAAUGGCUUCGUCUCAGUCACAACUCUCUAAACUACCUGGACACGGAGGCCUUCGCUAGUCUGUUCACACUCAACCGUCUCAGUCUGGACCACAACGAGCUGCAGUUCUUCCCCACUGAGACCAUGACCAGACUGCAAGAGGUGACCCGUCUGGAUCUGAGCUAUAACCCCAUGACUUACCUCGGAGAAGAAGUAGUGUCCAUGGCCAAGCUCACCCACUUGUUCCUGGACCACAUGUCCCUUCAGGACAUGGCCAACACUGCGGUUUCCAAAUCCCCCAGCCUCAUCCACCUAGACAUCAGCUACAACCAGCUACGUGUCAUCCAGCCUUUCUCUGAAGGGUCAGCAAACCUGGCACGCCUCAACCUGGCCGGGAACCCCAUCUACUGCAACUGCUAUCUGCGACCACUCAGGGAGUGGGCAAUCCGCAGCAAGGUGAAGCUGAUGGGGACGUGUGGAGGACCAGCUCAUUUCUCUGGAGAAAACCUGGACACAGUCUACCCUUCACAGCUGCGCUGCCAGAGCCAGGAGGCCAUGCUGAAGGCCGAGUUUGAGGAGGCAUCCAGGAUUACUCCACCACCCACUCAAGAGCCAGAGAACAAAAUAAAGUGUCCUGCCAACUGUGUCUGCGAGGCUGAGACGCACCACUCUUCCUGUGAAAACCGUGGUCACUCAAAAGUUCCCCGGGGUUUCUCUCCCGCCACGCGUUUCCUCGACCUGCGUGGCAACCACUUCCACUACAUUCCCAGCAACAGCUUCCCUGGUGUUGCCCAGGUUGUGUCUCUGCACCUGCAGCGCUGCAAGAUUGUGGAGGUGGAGGACGGCGCUUUCAGUGGGAUGAAGGGACUGAUCUACCUGUACCUGUCAGAGAAUGACCUCACUUCCCUCAGCCCUGAUGCCUUUAAAGGUCUCCCUCAGCUGACUUACCUGCAUCUGGAGAAAAACCGCUUUACUAUCUUCCCCAAAGGAGCCUUUAAUCCGGUGCCCAGCCUGCUGGCACUUCACUUGGAGAACAACGCCAUCACCAAGCUAGAAGCGGGCAUCUUGAUCGGAGCUGAGGGUCUCAGGUCUCUGUACCUCACUGGAAAUGCCAUCGGUAACAUGUCGCCCAAAGCUCUGGACCAAGCCACUGACCUUGAUACACUUCACCUGGGAGGAAACAAGUUGAAGGAGGUGCCCACCGAAGCACUGAGCAGGGUGGAGAACCUCAGAGACCUGAGGUUGUCUGGGAAUUCCAUCCGCUGGGUGGGGCCAAAUGCUUUCCGACCUCUGGAGAGCUCACUGAAGGAGCUGUAUCUGGAUAACAUGGGACUGGAGAAGAUGUCACAGAACUCUCUGGCAGGUCUGGGUCCAGGGUUGAGGAGUCUCUUCCUGGAGGGCAACCAGCUGGAAGAGGUGCCUGACCUCCACCCUCUCACCUCUCUGGAGGUCAUCAACCUGGCUGACAAUCCUAUGAUGUGUGACUGCCCCCUGCUGCCACUACGCUUAUGGAUCGAAAAGGUCAACCUGAAGGUACGAGCCACCUGUGCCAAUCCUCCCGAGCUGAGGGGUCGCAGGGUCAAGGACGUCCACGUCUUCAAAGCCUGCCCCGGAGGAGAGGGUCUCCCCUCCACCCCAACUGUCACCCCAAAGUCCACCAUGGCACCCAAACCUAAGCUGAUGCACAUCAAAAAGCCCAAAUCCAAAUCCAGACCUCGCAAGAGUCCAAACACCAGAGCAGCAGCAGCAGCAGCCAAGAAAGCAAAGAGAAGAAGCAUGGCGUGAGUCUCAGCUGGCUUCUGAGGAGAUAUUCUGAGGCCAGGGCUUCCAAAAACUGACCACAUGUAAAGAAGUAUUACACCACAUCUGCCACUUUUCAUAGACAUUUUACAGCAUUAUCUUUUCUAGGAAAUCUAGAAUCAACCAAAGACGUUUAACUCAUCAGGUUUGCUGGAAGUUUUAGUGUCUCCAUGAAAGUUAACAUUGACAGUAGGACUGCAACAAUCAAUUGAUUAUUAAAUUCAUCGUCAACUAUUUUGAUAAUUGAA